GUGAUAUGGAGGACGGGACGCCCGGAGGGUUCUGUGUGCGUCAGCCUGAGCCCGGAAUUCGAGGCGGGCAGCGCUCUCUGGAGACAUGACCCAGCCCCUCAGUAGCAGCAACGGCAGCGGGGGAGACGGUUGCACCCCGCUCGGCUUCUCCGCCAGCCCCUCUGCCCGCCAUUGUAAACCGGUGGGCCGGGGAGACAGCGCCGGGAAUGGCAGAAACCAGUGCAUUACUGACUUCUUCAAACCAGCCCUAAAAGAAGAAAAAAGAAAUGGAAAAGCUGAGUUUCCAAUAUCAUGUACGGAGCAUCCUAGAAAAAACUUGUCUUCUCCAAAGCCAAAUAAAAGGAAGAAGUUGCCAUUCCCAGCAUCAAACAGGAGCCCUAUAAUUGAUGCGUUUUUCAGAGGAGCUAGGUCAGGAAAAAAGGACAGUCCAGAUAAUGGAGUUUAUAAGACAACGAAGACUAUGCACCCAAAAGUUGUGGUUCGGAAACUCUUCAUAUUGGAUGACUCAACUGACUGUUCUUCCACAUUAAAAGAUAAUACUUGCACAAAGACCCUUGAAACAAAUGAAAAAUGUCCUGUUCGAACAAGAACACCAUUAGUAGAGAAUAGUAGAGAAUGUAAAAUGGAAUGUGUGGAUUCAGAUACAACUGGUUCAGGAUUGAGUAAAUGGGCUUCGACAUCAGAAAAUGAUAGCUUGGAAAAGGAGAGCCGCAUAUCUUGGUGCCAAAAAACAGGGUGUUCCAAGGUGCUGCAACCUGGUUCAGUUAAUAGUUCAUCUCAAUUAUCUUUAGAAACCAUUUGCAGAGAAAUACAAGUGAAGAAGAAGAUGCAGUCCAAGCCACAAUCUUUUGCUUCUGUAAAGAAAUCAUUAGGAACUAGUCUCUCUAACCAGGACACUGGAGACCUCUUAAGAAAAAGAUCAAGCUUGGCUGCAUGGGAAUCUUCCUCAGAUGAGUCGUCUUCAGUACAAUCUUCAAAAGCUAUGUUUUCUUCAAGAUGGGCCUCUGAUAAAAGUAUUAUUAGAAAAAGCCAGUCCUGUCCAUCAGGAUAUCCUAACUCCACAAUUUCAUUGGGAAUAUUAAAACAUAAAGAAUGUCCUGGUAAACGGAAAAGGAUCUCCUUGAAAAUGGAUAUGAAAAAUUCACAGAAGUCCAUUAUACAGAAGUUGGAUAAACACAAUUUUAGUAGUUCACUGGAAAAGCAUGAUUCUAAAUACUCAAAGGGCCGAAUGUUGUCUGAUGUCCAACUAGAGGGUAUGAAUCCAUCAGACAAGGACUUGCCUAUUUCAAUAGCAUGUCUUGAUGUUGAAGAAAAUGGAGACAGUGCUUAUGACUACAUUACAAAUAAGAAUGACCAGAUCCAAAGUGAAGAUGUCAAAGAGAGUCAGUUACAGACAUACCCUUCUCGUUUUUAUUUUAAAAAGUUGCUUCCUUUUUCUCAAGAAGACAUAGGUGUUAAAGCUUUUAGCAAUGAAUUCAUACCAUUGCAAGAAAACUCCUUUUUUCCCAAACAGUCAGAAGUUCUAUGUUCACAUAUUCAAGAUAAUAACUUACUUGAAGCUCUGGAAAUGGAGAGUGAUAAGAGAGACCCUUCUUUUUGUAUGUCUGAUAACUUGCUUCUUCCCCCAACAUCACACAAUACUUUCACAAAAGGGAAAGCAGAAAAGACUUUGAUAAAUGCUUCUACCUCUCCUUCCCAAAAAAGCACUGAGUGGCUUGUAUCAUCAUUGAGAGAUGGUAAUAAUAUUCUGUCAUCAGAAGAUUGUGAUCCUGUCCCCAUCCCUAGAUCUCCAUGUGACUUAAACGAAUUGAACAAUGAAGGUUCCAACCUAAAGGCAUGCAUGUUAAAUAGCAAACGAAGGAGCUUUUCUGUUAGUGAGGAUGAGACCUCUGACAGCAAUUUGGAUAGCAGCGAUGAAGAGAUAUUUAUGCCACUGGAAAAAAUAUUGGCCCCUAGUGCCAGGCCAUCUACAAAAAGCCCAGAACAAACAAGUGAUGGCGUCGGUACAACAGACACCACGACUGCAUCACAUAAUACUCCUCUUUCCCAAUCUUCUGUCGAGACCCGGGUCUCUUAUAUGACUCACCUGGAACAUCUCUUGAAGGAGAAGGAGGAGUUCAGAAGGGCAGAUGAACUAGAGCAACAGCUACAGCAGGUUGAAUGGGGAAUUGAAAUAAAUUCUCUGUCUGAAGAACAACCUUAUGAUGGCAAACUAUCAGCUGAACACAGAGCAUUUUUAGAGAGAUUUUCAAUAGUCAGUGAUGCUAUUCCUGACCAGCAUCCAGGAGAAACUAUAUUUCAAGUAGUACAUGCUGGGAAAAUCUUCAAUCAGUAUAACCUUGAUUUGAGGAACUCUGGAUUUCACCCCCAAAAUCCUAUUGAAAAAUAUCUCUUUGGGUCAGAAAUAACACAGCAGCUUUUUGUAAUCAAUGAAGGCUUAUUGAAAUCUGCUUACCAUAGUUCUCCAUGUCCUUUCCCCAUUUCAAAAUGGAUGUUUCAGAUGAUGACAAUUCAUCCAGACAGCUCAGUUUCAAGGAAGAUUUUGGAUGUAUUGAUGACAUUAACAAUUAAAAAUGCUUCAGCUGGAAAUGACCAACCAAGGCCAUGGAUUCCAUCACUAUUUGAUAUAGCAAUUGUGCUAAUAAAUAUGGGUGUUCCCUUCAGUGCACUGUUUCCUCUGCAGGACUUUCAACCUACCUUUACUGAAGACGAUAUUAUGUCUGAAAUGCAUGAAACUGUGAAGAAACAACCAAGUGGAGACAUCUUUGGAAACUCAACUCCUUUCUUCUUUUUAAUAGAUACCAACCUUUGUAAUAUGGCUAAGUUUCUACGACUGUGUAUAAGCAUAUACCCAGAAGGCUACACAGACAAAGAUAUAUUUCUGUUGCUAUUGCUGCUGCUUAAACUGAGUUUGGAAAAAGAGUUGAAACAAUUUCCACUAGUGGACUUGGAGUGCCUUAUUAUAAAACUGCUGGAAAACAUCAGAGAGUGGGAUACAAAGAUGGCUGAGUUAUGUCUGGCAAUAAGCUACCUAUCCAGCCACCAUCAUGAUCUCUUAUGGCUGGUUCAGUUUGUCCCCAAUUGGAUAACACGUGGAAGACAAGUAAGAAGAUAUCUUAGCUUGGUAAUAAUCUCGAAGCUUCUCAAAAAUCAUGGGAACAUACCCAGUAGCCAUGAAGAGCAGAUGUCACUUCUCUGUAAGGAUCUAGUGAAGAUGAAACCUUCGAAUCUGUUAAAGAGAUAUUCUGGAACACUGGAAUCCCAGGCGUAUUAUUUGACCUAUGUUCUCCUUCACUUGGUCAGGGAAGCGAGCGAUUCUGACGUUACCAACGCUAGUCAACGAAAAUGGCUCUUGAAACUCUGUAGCACUUUGGAAAAACAUGUGAAAUGUGAUAUUAGGGAAGAUGUCAGGCUGUUUUAUAGAACUAAGGUAAAAGACUUGGUUGCCAGAACAUAUAGCAAAUGGCAACAAAUGAUACACAGUUCUCGGCUUACUCAGGGACAGAUUCAUGAUUUUUGGGACCCAGAUUCUUAAAAUGCAUAAUUCAGAAUAUCAAAAUGGAUAGUAUGACCAAGAAAAUAAGAGGAUGAAGACUACUUUUUGGGCUAUGAAGAGAAAACCCUGUAAUCCAGACAUCACAUUCACAUGGGUCAAUAUAAUUCUCCCACCUCACCUUCUCCCAACAAUUUAACUUAGAAACUUCGGCAAUUAAAACUACCUUUAAAAUGUAUUUGACUUCCUACUUGUAAGAGCGUCUUGUUUUCCUGAACUCAGUCUGAAUGGGAUAGUCAGGGUAGCCUUAUUUCUUUCCCACAGUUUUCUAAUUUUGUAGAAUUAUUUUUAAACCUCUAUUGUGAUUUUAUCAUGGAUAUGGCUGCUACAUUUCCUACCAUGAAGCAAAGUUUAGAAGCAGUUAUGGAUAUCAUUAAUUUUGGGUAUUAAGAGCAUGCCUCUCUGCUGACCUUGCAGUAAUACAAUUCAUGUGGAUGUGGUUCUCAAAUUACUCACAAAUUAGCACAUUUAGUGAUGGCUUUGAAAUGGAUGAACUGUGAAAGUGACCUGUGUUCAGAAACUGCUUGAACACUUGAGCUACAGUCCUAUACACACUUGAAAGCAAAUCUUAUUGAUUCCAUUGAAGUUUACUUCCUAGUAAGUGUGGCUAGGAUUGCAGCCUUACCUUCAGAGACACAUUUAAUCUUUUGAGCAAAAGGGAUUAGUAAAACAGCCUGACCAAGCCCAUUUUAAGUUUUCAAGAAAGUUGCCAAGAUUCAUGAUGGUCCGUACUCAGCUUCUGAUUAUGCGCAUAUAUAUAUAUAUAUAUAUAUAUAUAUAUAUAUAUAUACAUACACACACACUAAUAUAAAAGGUCAUUGUUAGGCAAUAGUCUGGGGAGUACUUGGUGUAAAAAUGUAUAUAAAUUCAGAAGAGUUCAAUCUCCAGUGCCUGGUCAUACCACUAUGGACUUAUAUAUGUAUAUGUUCUAUGUUGAUUUGAACGUUUCAUAGGUAAGUCAGUCUUAUGCCAGUUAAUAUAAUAUUCAAGUGGCAUAGAUAUAUAUUCACUAAUUUAACCUGUAUAUUUUAUUUUGUGUGCAAUUUUAUAUACAGAACGCUUGCACUGCCAUAAUCUGUGAAUAAACAUAAAAUUUUAGAAGCGAUAACAGGAGUUAAAUAUAAUGAUGUAGAUAUAAUAUAAGUCUAAAAUAUUUGAUUUUUACAUGACACUGUUUAAAUCAAGUUGUUAUUCAUUUCAAGUAGAAGAGUGCAAAAUAGGUUGAUUAAUCGAAAUGCAUAGUAUCCUUUGGUACUAUCCAAGGGUGCAGUUCAGCACUGUUUAAUCAAUGGGAUCUUUGCCUUGGAUUUCAGUGCAAGGUGGUUUGUACCCCAAGUGUGUGAAAACAUUUCGUAUUUACAGUGCUGUUCAGAAUUCUCUAUUUCCAAUAUAUCACAUUGGGUGGGCAACGCUACCUCAAAGGGGAUGGGUUUAUUGAUUUUUUAAAAAAGCUCAUGGGUAGAUUUUACUGACCCUGCAUUCCACAGCCAGUAUCCAGAGGACCCUGGGCAUGCGAACUCCGAUGGGAGAGUUUCUGCUUUUUCAUUCCUGCCGCAGCACCUUGCACUACUUUGAAGGCUACUCUAGAGGGUCCUCUGACUUCAAGGCACAGCUUUUCCAGCAAGGAACUGCAGUUUGAAUGAAGGUGGGAAAAGCCGUCGUGUUGCCUACACAGCAUGCAUAGCCCUCUGGAUCUUGGCCUAUAUUUAAAAGCCUCUUUUGUUAAAUUGUACCUUUGAAUAUACUCUUACAUGUAUUUUUUUUUUUAAAAAAAAAUCUUAUUACUUAUAUUAAAAAGUACCGAAUAUGCCAGCUAUCUCCAGUGGCGGUUUACUGUAUCUGUGUAUUAUGGGAAGAGAUACCAUUUCUACUUCUUUCUCAAUGCUUGGAACUUUGCCGGUGCCAACUUAACCACUUUUUUAAUGGAAUGGAACAGAGUGUGAGAAUAAAAGAUAAAAUAAAA